AUGGCUCUGAUCCUGCCCGACGAACGCAUAGAAACUGUGACAGGUUUGGGCUGGGAACUCGGCCCUCAGAUUGUGCAGCAAGUGACUUUCGCUAAUGGGGUCAUGGCGCGCGGCAUCGAUAUGGGUGAUUUUGAAUCUUUGAUGAAAGGGCGGCCAUGUAACGGAGUGGAACCUUCAGACUAUGCUUACCUUACAGCAUUGGGCAUUGCAGCCAAAACGGUCACGGGACGGGAGUUCAUUGUAGCGUAUCUAAUUGGGAGUGAAAUGAGCGUGCGGGAGAACUCUACGGAUCUUGGGCUCCAGCAUCGUCAGGCUCUCGGCUUCUGGGAUUGA